UUGCGAUCACCAGCCUGCAUGUUAUACAAAUGUCGCUCUGCCAACAAAUCGGUCGAAUGUUGUCAUCGCAUUUCGUGUCAGGUAGUGUCAAGGAGUCUUGUGUGUCUAAUUGCGUCUCCGACUAACGUCGACACGAAUGAUACACACGUCUGAUUUCUCGCUACAUUAUGUAUAUCAAACAGGUGAUUAUCCAAGGAUUCAAGUCGUACCGUGAACAGACGGUCGUCGAGCCUUUUGAUCCAAGACAUAAUGUAGUGGUUGGCAGAAAUGGAUCUGGCAAGAGUAACUUCUUUUAUGCCAUUCAAUUUGUCUUGAGCGAUGAAUUCUCUCAUCUUAGACCUGAACAGAGACAGGCGCUGUUGCAUGAAGGGACAGGUCCCCGUGUUAUAUCUGCACACGUAGAAAUCAUAUUUGACAAUUCCGAUGGAAGAUUACCGAUUGAUAAAGAUGAAGUCUAUUUAAGAAGGGUAAUUGGCUCCAAGAAAGAUCAAUAUUUUCUCAAUAAAAAGAUUGUGACGAGAAACGAUGUAAUGAAUUUAUUGGAGUCAGCGGGAUUUUCUAGGUCCAAUCCUUAUUAUAUUGUGAAGCAAGGAAAAAUAAACCAAAUGGCAACAGCACCAGAUUCACAUAGAUUAAAGUUAUUAAGAGAAGUAGCAGGUACUAGGGUAUACGAUGACAGAAGAGAAGAGUCAAAAUCUAUUCUGAAAGAAACGGAAGGAAAAUUGGAAAAAAUCGAAGAUUUUCUGCGAACAAUAGAGGAGCGCUUGAAAACACUCGAGGAAGAGAAAGAGGAACUGAAAGAAUAUCAACGUUGGGACAAACAACGUCGUUGUUUAGAAUAUACGAUCCACGAACGCGAGCUUAAAGAAAAUAAGAGAAAAUUAGAUGAACUCGAGGAAUCUAGGGCGAAUAGUGGAGCUGAGCAGGCCAGACUAGGAGCGGAAGCAAAGACUGCGCAAGAAAUGGUACGUGCAGCUACGAAGAGACUAAAAGAAGCGAAAAAGGAAGUGCAGUCUGCUAAAGAAGAAAGAGAUACACUUAGUGCGGAGCAGCAGCAAUUAUUAAAAGAAAAGAACAAAUUAACAUUUACUAUUAACGACUUGCUGGAAGAAGUAAAAGGUGAUAAUGACAGUAAAAAACGUGCUCAGCAAGAGUUAGAAAAGUUGAAGGCUAACAUUGCUGUUCGAGAAGACGAACUGAAAUCUCUUAAGCCAGAGUAUGAACGAAUGAAACGUGUCGAAGAAGAAUGUACACGAGAAUUGCAAUUAAAGGAACAGAAGCGUAAAGAAUUGUAUGCCAAACAAGGCCGUGGCAGUCAAUUUACUACUAAGGAUGAAAGAGAUAAGUGGAUACAAAAUGAACUUAAACAACUCACAAAACAGAUAAAGGAUAAAGAGGAGCAUCAAAAAAAGAUCAGCGAAGAUUUAAAGCGUGAUGCAGAGAAACAGGUUGCUUUGGAGAAGAAAAUAGGAGACCAUACACGCGAAAUGGAACGACAACGCGCAUCAAUAGACGAUCACAACAAGCAAUAUUAUGAGCUUACGAAAUCGAAAGAUCAGUGUCAAGCAACUCGAAAGGAACAAUAUCGGCAGGAAAGUGUAUUACAAUUGCAACUAUCUGGUCUAAAGGAAGAUUUAGCAAAAGCAGAUCAAAGUUUAAGAUCCAUGGCUGGCAAACCUAUUUUGAAUGGCAGAGACAGCGUACGAAAAGUACUAGAUACCUUCCGUGGUCGAAAAGAUAUGGCUAAUGAAGUGAGUAGUUACUAUGGGCCUGUAAUUGAAAAUUUCAACUGUGACAAGAGUGUUUAUAUGGCUGUUGAAGUAACCGCUGGAAAUCGGUUGUUUCACCACAUUGUGGAGACUGAUAAAUUCGGAACAAAAAUUUUAAAGGAAAUGAACAAUCAACGAUUACCGGGAGAAGUAACUUUUAUGCCUCUGAAUAGACUUCAUGUAAAGGAUAUCGAUUAUCCGCAGACCACCGAUGCUAUACCCAUGAUAUCCAAGUUGAAUUACGAUCCCAAAUUUGAUAAAGCAUUAAGAUAUAUAUUUGGAAAGACUUUGAUUUGUCGUAAUCUGGAGGCAGCAACGACUUUAGCACGAGAUUCCGGUUUAGACUGCGUUACAUUAGAAGGAGAUCAGGUUUCAUCAAAAGGUUCCUUAACUGGCGGAUAUUUCAAUACACUCAGAUCACGGCUUGAAAUACAGAAAACAAGAUCGGAAUUAAUGUCACAAAUUUCUGCUCUCGAAACCCAAUUAACAACGCUUAAAGAAGAAAUCAGAAAAGCGGAUCAAAACAUUAGUUCUUAUGUUAGCGAAAUGCAGAGGACUGAAACCAGAAAUAGUAAAGCUAAAGAUAUAUAUGACAAGAUGAAAGCAGAAAUACGUCUUAUGAAGGAAGAGUUAAGUGCUAUAGAAAGAUAUCGGACACCAAAAGAGAGGAGUCUUGCACAGUGUACAUCAAGUUUGGAAGCAAUGCGUGCGACUAAGGAUGGCUUGGAAAGUGAAUUACAUCAAGAACUUAUGGCGCAGUUAUCCGUCGCAGAUCAGCAUCAGGUCGAUACUUUAAAUGACGACAUAAGGCGUCUAACAAAGGAGAACAAAGAAGCUUUUGCGAAACGAAUGCAAUUGGAAGCAGAGAAAAACAAGUUAGAAAAUUUAUUAACAAACAACUUAGUGAGAAGAAAGGAUGAGUUAGUUCAAGCUUUACAAGAGAUAUCGGUUGAAGAUCGACAGCGGCAGCUUGACUCAUCAAAAAUUCAAUUGGCAGAUAUUGAAAAAAGACUAGUAAAAGUAAAUGAAGACUUCAAAGCACAGAAUGAAAAAGUGACUAGUGCCAUGAAGAAACAAAAAUCAGAAUCUUCUGAAGUCGAGAAAUGGAAAUUGAAAGAAAAAGAGGCGCAAGAGAAAAUAGAAGCCGACGCAAAAGACUUGGAGAAAUUAGCGAGCAAAGUAAACAUCUUGCAGCAGAAAAUAGUGGAAUGUACACAGAAAAUUACUGAUCUCGGCGCAUUGCCUAGUCACGAAGCUUAUUCCAAGUUUAAUACAAUGUCCACGAAACAGCUUUUUAAGGAAAUGGAAAAGGCAAACAAUCAUUUGAAAAAAUAUAGCCAUGUAAAUAAAAAAGCUCUGGAUCAGUUCAUGUCCUUCAGUGAUCAGAAAGAAAGAUUAGUAAAACGGAAGGAAGAAUUGGAUCGAGGUGACGAAAAAAUAAAAGAACUUAUGUCGGUACUUGAACAGCGUAAAUGUGAAGCGAUACAAUUUACAUUUAAACAAGUGAGCAAAUAUUUCAGCGAAGUAUUCAAAAAACUUGUUCCUUCGGGCCAUGCACAAUUGGUCAUGAAGACCGCGGAUGGCGAUGAAGGUGACGACGGCACAGCGGAGCCAUCAGAUUCUGAUAGGUUUAUUGGCGUUGGUAUAAAAGUAUCAUUCACGGGACACAGAGGCGAAAUGCGAGAGAUGAAUCAAUUAUCUGGUGGACAAAAAUCACUCGUAGCAUUAGCUUUGAUAUUCGCGAUACAAAAAUGCGAUCCUGCACCGUUUUACUUGUUCGACGAAAUUGAUCAGGCAUUAGAUGCACAACACAGAAAGGCAGUAGCAGAUAUGAUCCACGAACUUAGUUCUGAUGCCCAGUUCAUCACCACGACAUUUAGACCGGAAUUAUUACAUCAUGCGAACAAGUUCUAUGGAGUGAAGUUUAGGAAUAAAGUUUCGCACGUCGAAUGCGUAACGCGGGAAGAAGCGGCCGAUUUUGUCGAAGAUGACACGACGCAUGGAUGAAAUGAGAAUAUUUUAUUUAUACAAGUCAACAAUGAAGAAAACUACUGUCUUUUUUUCCGCGUAUUCAGAAGAAACGGAUGCAACUUUACUAUGAUUUCCGUUGAAAUUUUCUUCACGUUGACACCUUUUUUUGAAAAAUAUUUUACGUACGAAAUUUCACAUAAGAAAAAAGGUAAAAAAUCAAUAUUUUGUAUUUAGUUUACAUCCAGAUUUUGCAACAAGAAUCAUUGUAGUAUGUAAUGUGACUUCGAUGUUACAUUAAGAAUUUAAUAGAGGAUAAAGUGUAUAAUUUUUUAGAUAAUUUAAUUGAUAUUCUUAUAUUUUGUUUGCAACAGCUUACAUAUGGAAACAUUACAAAAUACGAUAAUUGAAAUUUGGUAUAUAUAUGAACUGUUUUUUAUAUUAUAAACUUUAUAGAAAAAUAAAAGAGGAUUAUGAUAAGAAAUACAGUAAUAUCAGUUUGUGACAAAGUCUUAAAAUAAUCGUUCCAUUGCAAUCAGCGUGGUUUUCCAAAUGGAUAUAAGAAAAGUGUUGAAAAAGACAAUAAAUAUUCCCAAGGAGAAAA